CUCACCAGACAGAGCAGAACCAUUAGUUCUACUAUAACUGUUUAAAGAGUAUCAACAUGAAAAUCGCUUUGAGUUUGUUCUGUGUGCUGGCGCUCUUCGGUGCUAUUCAGGCAGAAAUGAUCCGAUUUCCCUAUUUAUUGUUUACCCUUCCUAAUGCAACCACUUCGGAAGCGGUUAACAAUACGGACGCGAAAUCUUUGUGCCUGCAAACUUAUCUGCCUUUACUUUCCGACUACUCCGCGCUCUUUACGGCUACUUCUCGUCAGUUAGUCGACUGCCUCAGUGAUGGACAUGAACAAACCCAGUGCGUACAAAAAUACCAACGUAUUUUUGCAGACAUCGAAGCCAAUUCCACAGCUAUUUCUGAAACAAUGGCUGAAUGCUUGAAGGCAGAUUCCACAUCUACUUCCAGUUCUGAUGCUGCUGUAAAGUCUAAUUGAUUUGUAAGAUUUUAAGGAAAUUACCAACAAAUUCGUACUUUGUAUUUUAAAAUUUAUGAAAAU